AAAGAUCCUGAAACUUACAAAACAGCUCUGAAUGGUACAGCUGAAGAGAAGAAAGAGCUCACUUUGGUUGACGAAGUCGAAGGGGAGCCAAUGGAAGCUGACGAGUUUUUAGUCAGUGAAGCUGGCGGAGAUGAUGAGAAGGAUAGUUCAAAACAACCUGAAUCUGAGCAACCAGAACUUGAACUCGCGGAGCAUGAUAAGGAAGCUACUACAGUUGCCACAGAAUAG